AAAGCUGUCAGGAUCACAGUGAUGUACUUGAUACUAAACUGACAAAUACAUAAUUUUUCUACUGAUUUGUAAUGAAAUUUUUUACAUAAACUAGUGUUUUUAAUUAGUAUUAAUAAUUAGGCUAUCGAAAUGUGACCAUCAUACGAUGCAUCGAAGAAUAAAAACGUGAUAAUAAAAUAUAAAUAGUGUCUAAAUAAAUAAACCUUUCGUAAAAACGGUGAGUCGCUCCGGAAUCUGUAUGCGGAGAUUCAAUUGCAAAUAAUUAUAAUCCAGAUUUUUAGGUGCUGAAUCUGCCAGAGGGUGAUUUUAUUGUGCAGUGAAGCUGUUGAAGCGGGUGAAAGGUGGUCAAUAUGACUCCUAUCUUGCUCGUCUUAUUGAUGGCGUUCGACACGAUUAUCGCGCAGAAUCAUGUUGGUCCGCCGAAGAUCCUGAUGAAGCCACGGUCUCAGCACGUAAAGGCAGGGGGGAUAGCGAGUUUUUACUGCAGCGCCCAAGGAGCACCGACGCCACAAAUACACUGGCGCAAGAACGGCAAAAAAGUUUCCUCGUCAGCAUCGCGGUACAGCACAAAGUCGUACGCAAAUGGCGCCCUUCUGAGGAUCGACCCCGUGAGAGCCGGACGAGACGAAGCCAUGUGGGAAUGUGUUGCUGAAAAUGGUGUCGGCGAUGCUGUGACCGCAGAAGCUCAGCUGUCUGUCCACGAACCGGACAAUGUGCCAGUCGGGUUUCCAGUUAUCACUCAAUCGCCUACGACGAAGGUGGUGGAGAUGGGUCACAACGCGCUGCUAUCUUGCACAGCGAUCGGCUCGCCGCCUCCUAUAAUUUCCUGGAUCCGCGAUAUGGUGCCUAUCAAUACAUCUAACCCGCGAUACUCUGUGCUCGACUCUGGCGCACUGCAAAUAGAAGCAUCUGAGGUCGAUGAUCAAGGCCAGUAUGAGUGUGUUGCUAAUAACACUGUCGGUACCGAGUAUUCCGAAGCAAUACAACUCUACGUACGAGUUCGACGAUUGCCACCCAGUUUUUCGAUACCACCUCCUACUGUCAGCGAGGUAAUGAUGGGCGCGUCUUUGAAUCUGACAUGUGUCGCUGUCGGUUCCCCGAUGCCUUACGUUAAAUGGCGCAAAGAACCCGCGACGGAAAUGACGCCAGAUGAUAAAUUGCCUAUUGGUAAAAACGUAUUGGUACUGACGGAAAUUAAAGAGUCGGCCAAUUAUACGUGCAUUGCUGCUAGCGAUCUCGGUGUUAUUGAGGCAUCUUCGAUGGUUAAAGUUCAAUCACUGCCAGGUGCACCAGAAAACGUUCAAGUAUCUGAAAUAACAGCAACAUCUGUCAAACUGACAUGGUCAUACAAAAGACCCGACGAAUUGCAGUACUACGUCAUACAGCACAAACCAAAACAGGCGAACCAAGCGUUCGCUGAGAUAUCGGGUAUCACUACCAUGUAUUAUCACGUGCGAAGUCUCAGCCCAUACACGGAAUAUGAGCUAUACGUGAUUGCUGUUAAUGUGAUUGGACGAGGUCCCCGAAGUCACCCGGUGUACGUCACAACCGGCGAAACAAGACCUGGGUCAGCGCCACGUAAAGUCCAAGUUCGUCCUUUGAGCUCGAGCACGAUGGUGAUACAGUGGGACGAGCCGGAAACACCUAACGGCCAAGUCACGGGUUACAAAGUAUACUAUACAACGGAUCCAAACCAACCAAUGGCCUCAUGGCAGUCCCGGGUCGUGGACAACAACCAGCUGACCACUGUAUCUGACCUUACGCCCCACACGAUGUACACAAUUCGUGUACAAGCGUUGACGAGCGUAGGUCCUGGUCCACUGAGCCAGCCAAUCCAAAUAAAGACGCAACAAGGGGUGCCAAGUCAACCGGAAAAUCUUUCCGUAGUUGAUGUCGGGGAAAACUCAGUGACGCUCCAAUGGAGCAAACCAGCUCAUAGCGCUGAAAAUAUUCUUAGCUAUGAGCUCUAUUGGAACGACACUUACGCCCAGGAGAAGCAUCAUCGCAGAAUAGGAGUUACUGAAAACUACACCCUUACUGGGUUGUAUCCGAAUACUUUAUACUAUGUCUGGCUGGCAGCACGCAGCCAACGUGGCGAGGGAGCAACAACUGUCCCAUACGAAGUCCGCACCAAACAGUACGUACCCGGGGCUCCGCCUCGGAAUAUCACCGGACGAGCCAUCAGCACGACGUCUAUAAAAGUCUCAUGGGAGCCGCCGCCGACAGAGAGCAGUAACGGAAGGAUCGCGUACUACAAACUUCAAGUCGUGGAGACCGGGCGCUCUGAUUCAGAGGCCAGGGUCAUCAAACUUAACAGCACCGAGUUUGUACUGGACGAGUUGAAAAAGUGGACCACCUACAGAAUUUGGGUUGUCGCUGGUACCAGCGUAGGUGAUGGACCACCGAGUUACCCUAUCACUGUGAGAACUUAUGAGGACGUGCCAGGAAAUCCCCAGGACGUCACAGCAACAGCUUUGAAUUCAACGACAAUUAGAGUUGAAUGGAAACCACCGCGAAUUAAUGACCAAAAUGGCGUUAUCAGAGGGUAUCAUGUUCAUGUACAAGAAGUUAGAGAAGAGGGUAAGGAUUUGCUGAAUGAACCAAUACGCCGAGAUGUCCACGAAGACGGUGUCCUGGCAAUCAACGUCACGGAUUUACAACCAGAUACAAAGUAUUAUGUCCAAGUUGCUGCUCUGACGCGAAAAGGGGACGGGGACCGGUCGCCUCCUGUGCACGUUAAGACUCCUGGUGGUGUGCCAAAUAGGCCACAAGUCAACGUCAAGGUAAUUAAUCAAGAUCCAAUAGUCCUCGAGCUGGAGUGGGCCAAGCCAAGUGAACCAGCUGGACAAUUAACGGGUUACCGAGUUAAAUAUGGAAUUAAAAACCAAACAUUGAAAGAGGAGUUUAUCAAAGAUAUUAAUCAGUUUACAUUCAAAAUCAAAGAUGUCGAACGUGGAGUUCAUUACGAAUUCCGUAUUGCCGGUGAGAAUCAAAACGGAAUCGGCCAAGAAACUGUACGUUACUGGGAGAGUCCCGAAGGUGAACCGUCAGGCCCGCCGACGAAUCUGACCUACACCUUCCAGACCCAAGACACCGUGUGCGUAAAAUGGAGCGAACCUGCGCGACGUCAUCGCAACGGGCAAAUAAUCCGCUACGACGUCGAGUUCCACAAGAAAAAUGACCACAGCACUAUCGAGGCGCGUAACACUACACAGGAACGCGCCGUGUUCACGAACCUCGAAGAGGCUACGGAAUAUGUGUUCCACGUGCGCGCGCACACGGUUCGCGGCGCGGGGCCCUACUCGGAAAAAAUAACGAUAGUCACCGAGAAAGAUAUCGGACGCGCGCCUCUGUACGUUAAUGCGGUCGCGACUUCUGAAUCUAACGUGGAAGUUUGGUGGGAGCCCGUUCCGAACCGCGAUAAAAUAAUAGGCUACAAAAUAUUCUACACGAUGACAGCGGUCGAGGACUUGGACCAGUGGAAGCAGAAACUCAUCGGCAUGACCGAGUCCGCGGACCUCGAAAACUUAGAGCGCGACACUGCCUACGCGAUUGCUGUUGCUGCGCGAUACAAAAACGAUAUUUUGGGUCGUCUCAGUCAAAAGGUCACCGUUAAAGUAAAACCUGAAGAUGUCCCACUAAACUUACGCGCGUCUGACACCUCAACGCACUCGAUGACUCUCUCCUGGACUCCGCCGAUAAGACUGAAUCCCACGGGCUACAAAGUAUCCUUCGAUGCAAUCAAAGAAUUCGUUGAUUCCCAAGGAAUCACCCAAACACAAAUAGUGCCUCGUAGAACGAUACGUCUUGACGCAUCCGCGACUACCACGACGAUCGAUGAGUUGCAGCCAUUCACAACUUACAACGUCAACGUCAGCGCAAUUCCCACUGACGGGUCGUACAAACCGCCGGCUAAGAUCACAGUAACUACGCAAAUGGCCGCUCCUAAGCCCAUGGUUAAGCCUGAUUUCUAUGGGGUCGUCAAGAAAGAGGAGAUUCACGUUAUUUUACCUCAGGCUUCUGAGGAAUACGGACCAAUAGCUUAUUAUUAUUUGAUCGUUGUGCCUGAGGACAAGGCAACCGCGCACAAACAGCCUGACGAAUUUACCGAGGACAUGAUUACCGGAAAAAAUGCUAAACAAGAUCCGGAAAAUGCCCCUUACAUUGCCGCUAAAUUUUCUCACAGAACUAUUCCGUAUACUUUUCAAUUGGGCAGCGGGGAUGAUUACGAAGGCUAUGUGAAUAAAAAGCUAGAUCUUACUAAACGAUAUAGAAUUUUUGUACGCGCUAUUGUCGAUACUCCCAAAAAGCAUCUUUAUACGUCGUCACCCUUUUCGGAAUAUUUAUCAUUGGACAUGAGAGAAGUGCCGCCGGGGGAUCCACCAAGCCGACCAAACCCCGACAACCCGCCCGACGGAAACCCCGCAGUGUCCAUAACAAACAAUGGACAGGAACCGGGAAUGGUUUGGGUAAUUGGCCCGGUGAUAGCCGCCCUAAUGGUCAGCAUUUGCAUCGUCUUGCUGUUCGUAGUUAGGAAACGCAGACAGCCGUGCAAAGCGCCCGAUCAAGCAGCAGUGACGAGGCCUCUGAUGGCCGCGGACAUAAGUUCAAACCACGCGCCGUCAGAUCCUGUUGAGAUGCGUCGUCUGAAUUUCCAGACACCCGGUAUGAUAUCGCACCCACCGAUACCCAUCAGCGAGCUUGGGAAUCACAUCGAGCGGCUGAAGGCCAACGAUAACCUGAAAUUCAGCCAAGAGUACGAGUCUAUUGAACCGGGCCAGCAGUUUACGUGGGACCAUUCCAAUAUGGAAGUCAAUACAUCUAAAAAUCGUUACGCAAACGUUAUUGCGUAUGACCAUUCGCGUGUGAUUCUCCAAACAAUCGACGGAAUACCAGGGUCUGAUUAUAUCAAUGCCAACUACUGCGACGGAUAUCGAAAGCAGAACGCGUAUGUGGCGACCCAGGGACCGCUGCAAGAAACUUUCGCCGAUUUCUGGCGCAUGUGCUGGGAAUUGCGCACCAGCACUAUUGUGAUGAUGACCAAACUCGAAGAGCGGACGCGCAUCAAGUGCGAUCAGUACUGGCCAACGCGUGGUGCUGAAACUUAUGGGCAAAUGACUGUCACGAUAAGUGACGUUCAAGAAUUGGCGACUUAUUGCAUCAGGACAUUCCAGGUUUGUCGCACGGGUUACACAGACCGAAGGGAAAUAAAGCAGCUGCAGUUCACCGCUUGGCCAGAUCACGGCGUACCGGAACAUCCGGCGCCAUUUUUACAGUUUUUACGCCGGGUAAAAACGCUCAAUGUACCUGAUUCUGGUCCGCUCGUUGUCCAUUGCAGUGCUGGUGUCGGCAGAACUGGUUGUUUCAUCGUAAUAGACUCGAUGCUCGAACGCAUAAAACACGAAAAAAUGAUUGACAUUUACGGGCAUGUCACUUGUUUACGCGCCCAACGUAAUUAUAUGGUACAAACAGAAGAUCAGUAUAUAUUUAUACAUGACGCGUUAUUCGAAGCAGUAAUUUGUGGUUUCACAGAAGUGCCAGCACGUAAUUUGCACUCGCACAUACAGAAACUUAUGCAGACCGAAUUGGACAACAUAACGGGAAUGGAACUUGAAUUCAAAAAACUGUCAAAUAUAAAAGCCGACUCGACGCGAUUCAUAUCCGCGAACUUGCCCUGUAAUAAACACAAAAAUCGGUUGGUUCAUAUUCUGCCUUAUGAGUGUACGCGAGUUUGUUUGCAGCCGCAACGUAGCAUUGAAGGAUCGGAUUAUAUAAAUGCGAGUUUCAUCGAUGGUUAUCGUUACCGCUGUGCUUACAUCGCGACUCAAGGGCCGCUUAAUGAAACCACCGACGAUUUCUGGCGCAUGCUCUGGGAGCACAACUCGACGAUCGUCGUGAUGCUGACCAAGUUGAAGGAGAUGGGCCGCGAAAAGUGCCACCAGUACUGGCCGUCAGAUCGCUCUAUCAGGUAUCAGUGCUUCGUGGUCGACCCGAUCGCCGAGUACAACAUGCCGCAGUACAUACUCAGGGAGUUUAAGGUCACCGACGCACGAGAUGGCGCCAGUCGCACGGUGAGACAGUUCCAGUUCAUCGACUGGCCGGAACAGGGCGUGCCUAAAUCCGGUGAUGGGUUCAUUGACUUCAUUGGACAGGUGCAUAAAACAAAAGAACAAUUUGGGCAGGAUGGCCCUAUUACGGUCCACUGUAGUGCGGGUGUUGGUAGAACUGGCGUUUUCAUCACGCUGAGUAUUGUUUUGGAGCGUAUGCAGUAUGAAGGAGUUGUUGAUAUCUUCCAGACAGUUAGAAUAUUACGUACGCAACGUCCUGCUAUGGUUCAAACUGAGGAUCAAUAUCAGUUUUGUUAUCGUGCUAGUUUGGAAUACUUGGGAUCAUUUGACCACUAUGCCAACUGACAAGAAGAAAUCCGCGAGCCAAGAGAACCAACGAGAGACCGAGGAGAGCGUCACAUAAGAAGUCGUGAGAGUACUAGCGAAAGAGCUAAAAUACGCCGAGUUUAGUUUAUCUCAGACAAUUUAAAUAAAUAAAUUUUUUAUUAAUAAUUAAUAUCAAUACCAUAAAUUAAUAAAAAUAGUUAACGCUUAUGACGGUUGAGUCGUUGUGUUUGCAAGCUCGUCGGGUUUUCAGAGGUUACAAAGUUACGGACAAUUACCGGUAACAAUACUACGGGGUUUAGAGCACUUUGAUGAUUUAAAAUGUACUUGACAACCAUCAAUUAAUUCAACUCCCAUUAUAUAUUUUUCAUUCGUUUUUUUUUUUAAAUUAACGAACAAAUCAAUUAUGUCUAUCAGUAUAUAGAGAAAGAGUAACAAUAAUUAUUAUAAUUAAUCAUUAAUUAAGUCGUUCAAUUAAAGAAGACUGCCAUUGGGCGCGCGGACCGGUAUUUUUAAAUUUAAAACGUCGAAAUAAAAUAAUAAAACCGGUGACACGUAAUGUUUCUUUUGAAACAGAGCCUUAAAGAGUUUCGAUGCGAACAAAUAAAAUAAUUGUCCAUAAAAAUAAAUAAAUAAUUUACAAGAGGCCCUCCGUCUAUAGAUUUUUCUCAGUUAAUAAUUGUCAUAGUGUAGCUAUUAAUUAAUUAAUUGAUUAAUUAACUGAUAAAUAUUAUUGUUAAUUAUAAAUUAUAAAUUAUUGUAGAUAAUGAAUGGGAGUUAAUCGAAAAGUAAUUAAGGUAGUAGGCAAUUAAUUAAUCGAGUCGACACAUAUCGGUAUGGAAAUUGUUUUUCAGGUUUUAUAAAAAAAUAAUAAUUAUAACAAUAAUGAUGAAUUUAUUAAACGCUCCUUUGUACUUGUCAUUAUAGACUGAGGUACUUAUACUUAAAACGGUAAUAUCUUGAAACUUAAUCCAAAUAUCGUGCCCUUUUUACCCGCUCUCUUUUUUAGAAGGAUUUAAAAUUUUUAUCAAAUCAUUUAUUAUUAUCUAAUUACGAAAUAGUUUAAUUAAUAAUUAAUUCAAUCAAUCUUUAUGAGUGUGAAUGUAGCAGACAGAAAAAUUUAAAAUUAUUAAUAAGUAAAGUAAAUAAUUAAUAAAAUUAAAUUUUUAAA